AAAGUUUAAAACUUUACUGCUAAACUCAGAAAAAAAUAUAAGGUAUGAUUCUUUCGAUUGUAUCUAUUCUUUUUGCUGGAUAUCUGGCCUCCUGUAGCAAGGGAUUUGUUUCUGCAGAAACAACUGCUGUACUUCUAGGAGGUGGCUAUGAUGGGAAAACUGAAUCAUAUCCCUGUGAUGUGGCAAUAGGAGAUAUUGGUGGACUAUGGGGACUAGGAGCUGCAGUUCUGAAUGGACAGAUUGUUUACUGCGGGGGAAAUGAUCUAGCUUUAUGCAACUGUUACAAGAAUGAGGGAAUGGGCUGGAUAGAGUUUGCAAGUAUGAAUGUGGCUAGAGGAUACUUUACCCUGACUACACUAGGAGACAAGAUACUUGCUGCAGGAGGAUAUGAUUCACAGGAGAGGACUGCUACUGUGGAGGUGUUUGAUGGAUCCUCCUGGAAGCUUCAAAACUAUGAAUUAACAUCUGCAAGAUCUAGUCACUGUGCUGUUCCUAUCGGUGUGAGUCAAGUGAUGCUGCUUGGAGGAGAAUCUGUAUACAACUACUUAUCUCUUGUUGAAGUCUACAGUAUUGAAGAGGGAUUCAUUGCAGAGCUUCCAUCAAUGCCAACUGCAAGGUAAUCUU